GGGGUCCAUUUAAGGUUAUCAAUAGUUCACCUUUCUCCUGGGCCACCCACUAUCUAUGGCAACAAUAUGGGCAGCACCACCCACCACCAACUACCAAAACAACCACCCCCACCCACCACCGCCAUUCAUCUCUGCCACCGUCCUCCCCACCCACCCCUCCCCCUCCACAUAAAUCCACCACCCCCCACCAUCCAAAUCCCUAUUUCUCCCAACACCCAAAAAUAACAUUUCCACAUAAACUCAAUAUCCAUGGCUAGCUCCUCCUCUUCUCCCCCACCACCCCUCCUCCUCCCACCCCCUGAAUCAACCCACCCCCAGCCCCAAAUCUCCCCAUCACCCCAGAAAAAAACCCAACCUCUCCCAUGGACCCAUCAGGAAACUUUCAAUUUAAUUCAAGCUUAUCAAGAAAAAUGGUACUCUUUAAAAAAAGGCCAGCUCAAAGCUAGCCAAUGGGAAGAAGUAGCCAUUACAGUAGCAGCUCGUUGCGGAUUCGAUGAGCCGUCAAAAUCCGCCACUCAAUGCCGUCACAAGAUCGAGAAGCUCCGAAAACGUUAUCGGGCCGAAAGACUCAAACCCUACCCGAAUUCAUGGCAGUAUUUUGACCUAAUGGAUCGUAUGGAGCGUGGGCCUUUACCUAUUUCGGCCCAUCCUGUUGCCAUGGUGAAAUGUCAACAGAAUUCGAAUUCGAUUUCGAAUCUGAAUUCUACUGCUGCUGAUCAUCAGAGGUAUUAUUAUGAUAAUAAUACUGAUAGUGAUGAAGUUGAUGCCGUUAGUUAUAUGGAUAUGAGGAAAAAUAAGUCUAAAAGUAUUAAUCAUAUUGUUCGUGGCGAAAUGGGCUUAAUGUGUAUGAAUGGGAAUGAGAAUGUGAAUGUUGUUGACCAUAGAAAUGUCAAUAGGAUGGUGAAAGAUCGAAAUUUUAACAUUCUUGAUCAAAAAGAUCGAAACUUUGACGUAAUGAAAGGGAUAAGGAAUCCAAUGAAUGAGAAAAGAAAAGCCUAUUUUGGGAAUGUGGCUAUUGAGGAUGACGACGAGGAUGAUGAUGUCGAGGAAGAAGUGAAUGAAGAGGAAGAUGAAGAGAAUGAAGGGAGUGUUGGAGGGAGUGAAUUGGCUGCAGAAAUAAGGGGUUUUGCGGAGAGGUUUAUGAGAAUGGAGAAUAAGAAAAUCGAGAUGAUGAAGGAGACAGAGAGGUAUAGAAUGGAGAUGGAGAAAAGGAGAAUGGAAAUGAUUCUUGAGAAUCAGAGGAAUCUGAUUGAUACUAUUAAUAGGGUCGUUGGAUCGCAUAAGAAAGUGAAGGUGGCUCAAGAAUUUUGAACUCGUUCGUAACAUUUCUUGGGAUGGAGAUAGUCUUUGAUGCUAAAAUGAAUAAGAAAGUUCAUCAGAGGAGAUUGCAUUCGACUUUCAUGUGUUUGGCAUAACACGAUGUUCUUGUUUAGGGAUAUCUUCAUGUUUCUAACGUUUGUUUCUUAAUGAUUCUUAGGAAUAAUUACAAUUUAUUUUGCUCUUUUAAGUAGGAAUCUAGAUUUGUUCUGUGGUAGAGUUCAUAUCUGCUGGAGGAUUCAGUUUGUAGACAAGAUUUAAAUUAACAUAAAGAUAUCCAGAAUAUCUGUAGUAGCUGUUGCACCAAUAACUAUGGAAUAAGAUGGAUCCUUUUUCAUUUUAAAGUUACUGA